AAGAUAAGGUUAAAAUGAUUGAUUUGAAGAAAUCCUUUUGACCACUGUCAUUUUUCUAUCGAAAUUGAACCUGCUAGCUUCACUGUCAUUUUUCUAUCGAAAUUGAACCUGCUAGCUUCAUCGUUCACCACCCUCAUCUCCUUCAAUGACGAAGGCUGAAAGUUCUGCUCCGUAUCAUCAUCCUCUUUCCUUUAACAGGAAUAGAUUAGGAGAAUUACUGAAUGAGGUUCUUCCUCCAAAUACAAGUGACCCAACAGUUCCUCUUCUUUUUGUUUAUGAUGAAAGCGUAAGCAAAGUUGUCUACGCUGCUGCGCGUAAGGACUUCUUUGACAUUCUCUUAAGCAUCUUUACCCUUCCGCUUGGUAGUCUGACUACCCUAUGCCAAGAAAGCGAGGAUUUGGAGAAAGUAAAGCUCGGUUGCUUAAACAACGUUCAAUUUUCCAUCGAGAAGAUGCCCCAUGUUCAAUAUAGCAAUGGUGCAGAUGCAAAGAAGCUGAUUUUGGCUCCGAUAAAUUGCAGAGAUGAUUACUGCAAGUCUCUUUCCUUCAAUGUUGACCCAAACCCACCCACUUGAAUAUUUCAUAUGUUCUAAGUAUAAGCAUAAAUGCCCAUCACAUCAUGUUUCUACUUCUAAUGAUACUAAAUGUGUUUGCCGGGGACUUCUUGACCAUCCAAUUAAGCUCCAACAUUCUCAUAAUGGGUUUCUCACGGAUAGUGACUUAAUAUAUGUCAUUGACGACAGUCUUAGAUUAGAGCCUUUGACAGUUGAUUCAUCCGGGUUUAAUUUAAUUAAAGGCAACCUGGAAAGCAGGGACUCUUUCAAAGAGUGGCUGGUUCACGUCGACCGAAAAAGGAUGGUUGAUUUGAUAAAGUGUUGCGUGUCAUCAACAACUCCACUUACUGAUUUUUGCUUCCAACGCAAGCCUCUUAUCGAGCAAGCUGAUGUAAUUAAUUAUACGAAAUUGGCAUCUGAAGAUAUUUUUGAUGACACCAAUUUUGAGAGAAUGAGUUUGGAGGUAUUCAUGACAAAGGAAGAGCAAAAGAUAAUAUAUGCGUAUACGGAUGAGAAGUUUGUGGAGUUUUUGAUUAGUUUCUUAGCCUAUCCGUUAGGGAGUGUCAUUGAAAAAUUGAAUUGUAAGACAGGUCUAGCUAAUAUCGACUCUCUCUAUAGAAGUGCAAAACAACUGAAGGCUAUGUAUUUACCAGAUAGUAUCAAUAAUUUGCUGCUGCAGCCACUAGUAGCUCACAGUUUAGCAUCAAAAGUUUGUAUGUUUGGAUGUGAAAAGGAUCCACCAAUUUUUAUGUUCUAUAAAAGCCUUCAAGCUGAGUCAGAUGGAAGCAUAGAAUGGUGUCUGACUAGACAAGAAACGGGCAAUCCCGAGUCGGUUUUGGAUUCGAUUCCAAAUAUUAGUCUCAUCCAAAAGAAUGCUGCAAAAAGUGGCUGUGUAUUGAAGACACCACCAAACAAGUAUUUGAUUCACAGUAACUUGAACUUUGGUGAGAUGUCUGAAAAUAUCUCAGUUCCUGAUUAUCGUGAAUACUUUCCUUCUCUAACGGCAGAAACAAUUUCUAUUGGCAUGAGGGAGUGCCUCCAAAUUUUGAGGGCCUCGUUGACCUCAGGAAGUGCACUCGAUGAUGGUCUUCAUGCCUUUCUAUAAGGGAUCGUAGAGUCUUCCUACUGUUUGAAGACCCUCUGCAUCAGUGAACAAAAGUAGAUGGUGAGUUGCAGAACACGGUGAAGGAUACCCGAGUUUGUCCUGAGAAGAUUGGAAUCAAGAUGGUCACUUUUGCGAGACUUUUUUCCUGUAGCCAACAGCAUGUGCUUUUGUCAAUGCACUAACUAUAUAAGGCAGUUACUGCAAAAGCUUAUUGAUAACCCUUCUUCACUUGUUUGAUUAUAACUACGUGAAAUGAGUUUAUGCUGAGUUUGAAACCAUUUUAGUUAGAAUAUCCAAUUUAUAUCUUAGUCUAUAGUAUGCAUCAACCUGCUUUUUCAGUUUAUAUAUUAUUAUUUACUGGCGUUAACGAUGAUUAUUUUCCACUAAGCUUAAAGGUUGUAGACAAUGUCUUUGCUAGGUAAAAAAUUGGCUUAAUUGCACUUUUGGCCUCCUAUGUUUUAAGAAGUUGUGAUUUUGGACCCCUAACUAAUUAAAAUACAAAACAGCCCCUAUGUAUUGGAUCUUUGGCAGUUUUGGCACCCUAACUAAUUAAAAUACAAAACAGCCCCUAUGUAUUGGACCUUUGGUAGUUUUGAUCCCCUAGACCAAUUUUGACUCGGUCAACGCUGAUGUGACACUUCAAAGGCGCCACGUGUGCAUUGUUUUAAUUAAAAAUAAA